AUGACCGGGGCAGCAAGCAAGGAUGAGGGUAACAUCGUCUCCCAGUUCUUCAGCGGCGACCUGCCCAAGAACACCGCCAUCCUGCUGGCGCUACUUGUUUUCUCCCGCCUCGGCGUCUAUAUCCGGCUGCCCGGCGUGGAUGUGGACGCCUUUGCCGCCAGCAUGCAGGGCGGGGGCCUGCUGGGGUACAUCGACACGUUGUCGGGCGGGUCCAUCAGCCGCCUGCUGGCCACGCUGUCCCCCUCCCUGAAGCGUCUGCAGCGCGAGGAAGGCAGGGCUGGCCGGGCACGCUUCGAGCUGUACCAGAAAUUGGCGUCCCUGGGCUUUGCCGUCGCUCAGGCAGUGGGCCAGCUCACCUACCUGCGGCCGUACGUCCCCGACUUCUCCCUGUACUGGCUGGCCUCCAACUCCCUGGUGCUCACCACGGGAGCCAUGAUCCUCGUCUUUGUUGCCGACACCAUCAGCGAACUGAAGCUGGGCAACGGCACCUCGGUCCUCAUCUUCGCCAACAUCGCAUCGGCGCUGCCUUCCUCCGUGGGCGCCGCGGUCGUGGCCGCCGGGGAUGGCAACGUGGGCGCCCUGGCGGCCUACAUUCUUGCCUUUCUCCUCACCACGCUGGGCAUUGUGUAUGUCCAGGAGGCGGAGCGCCAGAUCCCAAUGGCCUACGGCUCGCGCUACAAGGCUGGGGGCCCGCUGAGUCAGCAGGCGUACCUGCCCUUCAAGGUGAACGCGACGGGCGUCCUCCCAGUCAUCUUUGCCUCCUCGCUCCUGGCGGUGCCCAGCACACUGGCGCGUUUCACACACUCCUCCACCCUGGCCGGAGCAGCAAAUGCGCUGGGCCCCGGCGGCGCCUUCUACCUGCCGGUCAAUGUGGCACUGAUCGUGGGCUUCAACUACCUCUACACCUUCUUGCAAUUCGAGCCCAAGGAAUUGAGCGAGCAGCUAAAGAAGCAGGGGGCCUCCAUCCCCGGCAUCCGACCAGGGCGGAACACCGCCGCCUUCAUUACCCAAACCCUGGCGAGGAUGUCGGUGCUCGGCUCUGCUUUCCUUGGCGCCCUGGCCAUUGCCCCCGCAAUUGUGGAGGGCCUUACGGGCAUGACGGCCCUGCGUGGCUUCGCGGGGACCUCAGUCCUCAUUCUGGUGGGCGUGGCCACCGACACGGCGCGCAAGUUCAGGGCUGAGCUGGCGAUGGGCAAGUACAAGGACAUUGAUGCCCUUUACGACAACCUUGACGACCUAUAG